GGUUCAUAUGCCAAUGAAGUACAAAGCUGUAUGGAACACAUUUGGACACAUUUAAGGCUUUCUGGCUUCUUAUGGGUCGGAAUAUGUCCAGUACUACGUGGACGUUACAGGUGCUUUUAUUGUUGUAAGAAAAUUGUUUCCGGAAGCACUGGAAGUAAAUGUGUGACAUCGACGGCAAGGGCUUUCGCAGCUUCAAGCCCACAUUGACGCUCACGGCUCGGCUCCGUCUCACCGUCCCGCAUUCCAGUGAGUGUUUACGGACAUCGUGCAGCGAAAAGGGAGGGAGGACAUGUCUCUGGAUGGAUGCUACCGACGGUUAGCGACGAUGUGAAGAGCCGCGCACAGAGUCUGAAGCACUCCUCUCAGGGAAAGUCGUCCAGAGCCCUCCUGUGACCACGGGCCCGUCAGGCAUCUCUCAUCCAUUCCAUUCCUGUCAUGAAAGGCAUUUCCAGUAGCCGGAGUCACCAUCAUGUGGUGUCCUAUGGACCCUCAUAUGAACCACUGGGUCAACAUGUUGACCGAAAGCCAUACUUGAUUCGCCAGAUGGACAUGCCGGUACCCAUUGCCGUGCCGCAUCCGACUGAGCUGUCCUACUACAAUGCUCAGCGUACCUCGUACCCCUCUGACAAUAACAGCAUCGUCCCAUACGGAACCUUUCCAAGACGAUGCUAUUCCACCUCCUCAUCUCACCAUCCUGAGGUAAAGGAUGAGUGUAUGGCGGUGGUACCAUAUGUAGGAGGAGGAGGAGGAGGCGUAGGAGGUGGUGGUGGAGGCUAUGGAGGUAAAACACCCACCCGGGUACCAGCAAACUUUGCAGAGUUUGAGCGCCAGCCAUCCUUUUCCAGAGAUGGCUACCACACACUGCAAUACAAACGAGGAAUGCUGGCCCAGAGUGGGGCGAUGGGGUCCAACAGCAACAAUGACAGCCCAGGGAGGAUUCGCCAUCUGGUCCACUCGGUCCAGAAACUUUUCACCAAGUCGCAUUCAUUGGAAGGGCCGCACCACACGCAGCCCUUGAAGGGGGGCAACAAUGGGAGCGUUAAUGGUGGUGCUGGUGGUGGUGGUGGAGGAGGUGGUGGUGGUGGUUCAAGGGCAAGUCCAGAGGGUGAAGCUCCGCCGGUGGGAGCGCACCAGCGGAAGCGCAGCAAAAGCCGCGAGCGCUGUCGAUCGGCCGAGCCCAAACAUCGAAGCCACCACCACCAUCACCACCAGCUCCACGGCUCAGCAUCUGCACCAGGCUCCGGGUACUGGAGCUCGGAUGACAACCUGGAACGGGAGUUGUGUCUUUACCACCCUCACCACCACCAACCUCCGCCCUCACCUUCGCCUUCCAUUUCCCCUUCGCCGAUCACAAUGACGAUGGGCCGGUACCCUGGGAACAACUCUGACAAGUUCCCGCUGAGUCCGCUACCCAAUCUCGCCUCCCCGCAGUCACAACAGUACUUCAUGAUGGACCCUUAUGGCACAAUCAGCGAACACACACACGCCCACGCACAUCACAGCCACUCACACCACCAUUCUGCACUCAGAGCCUCCCGGAGCAACAACGACGUGAAGUAUGCGGCGUCGUCUUCUUGUGUGCCGGUUAGUGCUAGCAGCAAUAACAUCGGUGGCGGUAUCGUUGGAGGAAGUGGUCCCUUGCUGCCUCUGGGUCUUGUGGACGGACCCCUUGUGAAGAAAGGGGCAUGGUCGUCAAGCCUAACGGUGAGCAGGGCCCGAGAGGUCUACACCAACAACAACAGCAGCCACAACCAGCUCCAAACCAGCGCAGGAUCUGUAAAUCUAAACCUAGAUAGAGCUCUAGUCAAAGCUAAGGCCAGUCAGCAGCAGGAGCGCACUUGCCAUUUCCUACAGGUACCUCAGGAUGAGUGGAGCGGCUUCUCUCCUUUGGGAAAGGAGGACGACAUCCCAUGUCGACGGAUGAGGAGCGGCAGCUACGUCAAAGCCAUGACGGAGGAUGACAGCGGAGACUCGGAUGGAAGUCCCAAACCUUCCCCCAAGAUACAAGCCCGACGCGCCAGCUACCUGAAAGCCACGCAGCCAUCACUGACAGAGAUGACCACGCUACAGAUUUCAUCAGAACAUUCUCCAAAGCUGCAGAUCCGGAGCCACAGUUACCUGCGUGCGGUGAGUGAGGUUUCCAUCAAUAGAAGCCUGGACACCCUGGACCCCAAAACCCUCCUCGACCCCAAAUCGCUGCUCUCCUCACCCCAAUACCGCUCCCGCAAUGAAAGCUACAUGAGGGCCAUGAGCACCAUCAGUCAGCUGAGUGAGCUUGAAGUCAACGGACAAAUUGAGCAAGUGUGUGAGCAGGUCUACAGUGAGAUGCAGGCUCAGGCAAUGGAGGCCGCCAUGGACAGCAUGGACACCAUGGAUACUUUGCCCAUGCCGGGGUGUUUCCGAAUGCGGAGCCAUAGCUACGUGAGAGCGAUCGACCAGGGCUGCUCUGGCGAAGAGGACGGAGAAGGAGGAAGACCACUGCUCCUGCUGCCGUCCUCUCCGCCACGCACAUCUGCCACAACUGUCAGGACCAUCCAGAGUAGCACAGUUUCAUCUUGUAUCACAACGUAUAAGAAAACUCCUCCUCCGGUGCCACCACGGACCUCCACCUGCUCCACCGCCUCCAAGCCAUACAUCUCCAUCACAGCACAGAGCAGCACCGAGUCUGCACAGGAUGCUUACAUGGAAGAGGAGGGACCAAGGGGGGACAUGACUAUCCAGUCAGGACUCAGCAACUCCACUGAAAGCAUCGACAGCAUGAAGGCCUUGACUGCUGCCAUUGAGGCUGCUAACGCACAGAUACAUGGACCGGCCAGUCAGCAUGUCAGCAACAGUACCAUGACCAGCAGCCCCCAUGUACCCUCAGUCCUGAGCAGGGGCCGUAUUGUUGAAGACCACAGAAAAGAAGCAUUCAGGAAGGGCAAAUGUCUCUCCAUAGGGAUUCAGGUAGAUGGACCGGAGGACGUUCCGGACCCGGAUGACCCAUCCAGGUUUACCUCUGUUGGUGUCCAAGUGGAGAAUGACCGAGGGUACCGACGCUUCCAGCGCUCCAAUAGCGUAACAGCAGCCGUGCAAGCAGACUUGGACAUGCCAGACCUUCUCGAUGCUCCUCUGGACUCUCCCGACACAGACAUAGAAGUCCUGUCGUCUGGUGUCCUUUCUCGUCAAUACUCCCACGAUGCCGCCGCCUCGACCGUCAGCAUCCAGGGCUCAGGGAACCAUUACCACGCCUGUGCCUCCGAUGACUAUGAGGAUGUGGGCUUCGACCCGUCCAUCCUCCCCCCUCCCGACCCUUGGAUCGAUAGCAUCAGCGACGACCCGCUUGAUGUCGGCAUCAACAGCUCGGCGAUCUUAGAAGUGGUGCAAAGGUCAGCGUGUCAGCGAGACGGCCACUGGUUCCUGAAGCUGCUGCAAGCUGAGACGGAGCGCAUGGAGGGCUGGUGUCACCAGAUGGACAUGGACCAACAACAGCAUGACCUUCCAGAGGACAUUCUUGGGAAGAUGAGGAGUGCUGUUGGAAGUGCUCAGCUGUUGAUGUCGAAGAAGUUCCAGCAGUUCAGAGAACUUUGUGAGGAGAACUUGAACCCCAACGCCCACCCUCGUCCGGUCGCCUCCGACCUGGCUGGUUUUUGGGACAUGCUUCAGUUGUCCAUCGAGAACAUUAGCCUCAAAUUUGAUGAGCUUCACCAACUCAGAGCCAACAACUGGAGACCCCUGGACCCGCCUGAAAGAAAGUGAAGGCGUUUGUAAAGAGCCAUCAGCAUCCAUCACCACAAGAAACACCAAAAGGCCUUAACCUUUCUGGGCCUCCGUGAUCCAUUACGUUUGUCUUUCCUUUCAUCCGUCCUUCCUUCCUUCCUUCCUGCCUUCCUUCCUUCCUGCCACCUACCUCACCGUGUCUGUUAUAACUGUCGAGGUUAAUUAGCAUUUGGCUUAUGUUUGUUCUCCAAUGCAUUUUAGAGCAUAACGAUAUCAGAUUUGAUAAUAGCAGCACAUGUAGACAAGAGAUCGGAAUAUUCCUUUCCAUGUAUACCAUUGUUUUCCGAAAGAUUCCAUUCGGAAAGAGAAAAACUCCUCAUGUAAACGUGGUUAUUAUUGUCUGUGUUUGUGUUUAAAUGACAUCUGCUUUGGCUCCUGUGGUUUUAAUGCUCAUCAAGGCAUCCUUAAUACUCCUGUGUGAUACUACUACCACUACUACUACUACUACUUGCUAAUACUACCAAGUCGAGGCUGCAAACUACUAUAGCAUGGAUGAAAUGGAGUCUGUCCAGAAAUGUCUGUCUUUUUUUUCCUGAAAUGUGCUUCCCCCCCCUUCCCCACCGCCCUCUCCCACCAGGAGAGACGGCUCCCACCUCCCGUACCCAAAAAGCCGCCCAAGGCCCCACCACACCAUCACCCCCCUCUGGCCAGAGACCGCUCGCUGGAGAGUUCGGAGAAACAGCGUCAGGAAGCCAGGAAGCGUCUGAUGGCGGCUAAGAGAGCUGCUUC